UUAGCGAGAAACAUGGAGAAUAAAAUUGUUGAAAGCAUUGAGAGACUUUCUCCCAAGGAAACGAUUUCAAUCUCAUCUGAGGUGGUGGAUUUUAGGGGUAUAGGAAAAGUAGAGAAAGAAUUAAUUCCUUUAUUUGAAGAAUUUUGUUCAUUGUAUCCCUCACUUAUUGAUAUCAAGAAAAAGAGAAGUCGAAGAUUUAUCGAAUGGGCUUUUACAGCACUUGGUAGAGUUCUUCAUUUUCUCAACACUAAAAAGGAGGGAGACAUGGAUGAUGAUGCUUGCAAUUAUCUCCAAACUUUGUGGGAAGAACUUGAGAUAAGUGGAUUCGAUUUGUCAUGGCUGAAACCUCGUGUUGAUAGAGCUCUUGAGAUGAAAAAGUUGGAGAAGGAUAUGACUAAUUUAGAGAUGGAAGUAAAGACUUCGAUGACAAAGUUGAUUGAAGCAAAGGUAAAUCUGGAAAUAACAAGAAGGUUGGUGAAAUUAAAAGAAAGUUUUGAAGAAUGCGAUUUGGAUGCUGAAAUCAGAUAUGACUUGGUGAAGAGGAUUUCCCAUAAGGAGACGCUGGAAGAUGCCUUUGAGAUAAGCGCCGUACGUGUUACUGAGGCAGUUAAGGAUAAAGUGGAGCACUUGAAGGAAAAAUUGGCUAUGGUGCAGUCCGAUUUGGACGAAGCGUUAAAGGUUAAUUCUAAGUUGAACAUUGAGCUACAGGAUCUGGGCGUUGCACAUGCCGACUGCGAGAAGAAACAAGAGGAUUUGGCUACUCAACUGCGGUUGUUUUCGCUCUUUGACAGCGGUUUUCGAACCGCGACAUUUUAAGCCACGGUAAAAAUUCUGGAACUUUAUGUCGCGGUUGUAACUGCGGUAAAAAAGAUGUGGAAUAGACCGCGAUUACUAACCGAACCGCUGCCUAAACCUUAUUUUUUAAUAAAAAAAGAAAUUACAUCACAA